GUUGCUCACCAGUCAGACCACCCCCUCUUCCUCUCUUUUCAUCCAUUUAUCUUCUCUCACAUCAACGAUUUCAAAACUUCUCACUUCCAUCUACAGAGUACCACAAUCUACAAUCACUAUGCUUCGCCAAUCCAUUACUCGUCCUCUCUCCACGACAUCCCGUGCUAUCUUCACCCGCCCUUUCUCCGCAAUUGCUCCAAGAAUGGGUGAAGGCGAUACCGGUGCUCCCCGGCCUGGCGGUGCUGCGCAGAGUGAUGUGUGGCAGAAGCGAGAAACCGCUCAGGAGAACCUCUACAUGUACGAAAGAGAGAAGGAAAAGCUUGAGGCUCUGAAGAAGAAGAUUCAAGAGCAACGUGAGCACCUGAAUGAGCUAGACAAAAAGCUUGACCAAUUCACCCAGAACGGGAAGAAAUGAACUUGAUUUAUUAAAGCUAUUCUGAAAGUGGUGCUCGUCGGACAUGUUACUUCAUGGCGAAGGAUAUCCCGCCAUUUCGCGCAGCACAUAUCAUCCGCAUCAUCCAGCGCUGAUGUAUUUGGCUCAAUGUACCUUAAUUGACAACCCUUCUCAGCUCAAUAAUAGCUCGUAAUUAUGUGCUCUCCGUUUGAAAGCAGGAUUACGAAGACUACCUGUAC